CCUGAGCUCCUCUGUCCACCUCGUCCGGACCUGGCCUGAGCCCCCCCCGUCCGGCCAUGGCCUGGUCUGAGUCCGCCCGCCCGUCCUGGGCUUGGCCUGUGCCUCCCACCCGCCCCCUUGCCCUCCUCUGGCCUGGUCUGUGCCCCCAGUCCGCUCCUACGCCUCCCCCUCCCGGGCCUGGCCUAGGCCCUCAGCCUCUACACUCCUGAGAGCAAAACAGGAGGGUGUUUCCCUGCGCAAGACCCUAUCUCUGCUCCCUCACGAGGGCUGCACAGCGGGGUGUGGGAAUGGGGGGGUGAUUGUAAAACCACAGAAAAUGGUGAGGGGAUCUUGGGGGUGGAUGUAGAACGUGAUGCUCGUUUAUUUAAUUGACAUGACUUCGAUUGACUGUCUCUUUAGAGCUGUGUAUGGAUCCCUCAAGGGUAGGGUUAUAAUAGACAACAUACAGAUAGAGACCUUCAGGAAAGAAAGGGGAGUGACAGAGAUGUUGCCUUGCCCUGUCCAGCCUGUAGACAUCAAUGACUGACCAACUCUCUUGAAACAGUUCUCCAAACCAGGGCUCUGACUGAACAACAGAGGUAGAAACUGGGGAUGAUAUGCUCACCCACAUAAGCUGGCCUCCAGAGAAACUGACAACAGUUAGAAGCAUAUGGCAAUGCUUGGACUUUGCAAGUCAAUUUAGGAUAAACAAAAAAUGUUCAUCUACAAAAUGCCCAAAGACCAGCCGACUAAACUAUGCUUUAUAAAUGCUGGGGUAGAACCCACACGGAGCUCUACCUAGAUGGGCCUCGGAAGUGCAGACUGCUGACAACCACAGGAGCAGAAGAAGCCUGUAGGGCUUAAGUGGCAUUAACAAAAGCCACAGGCUAAAUAUCGACCACCAGAAAACUACUAUGAAAAUGACCUGACAGCAUAAUCCAACCCGUCCUGGAAUAUGGAAGCAAAGCCAGGGGCCUGACCUUAACGGCCAUCUACAACAGCUGGGGCAAGAAACCUACAGUCCCGCAAGCAAAUUAUACAUGUGUACAAGAAUUCGCCCAACGACGGCUGGACAGAACGGAGAUUUUUUUUUCUCUUUAGACCAUAUGAAAAGAGCACUCGGUUUCUGGUGUCUCCACACUCAAAGCAGCUAAAUGUCUACGCUAUAUAAUUACUCCAGGCUUCAACAGCGCUGCCUUUGGGCCAAAGGGGAAGGUGGGAACCAAAGGCAAAAAGCAGAUUUUUGAAGAGAACAAGGAGACUCUGAAAUUCUACCUGCGGAUCAUCCUUGGUGCUAAUGCCAUUUAUGCAGUUGUGAACCUGGUGAUCUUCUACACAACAGCCUCCUUCUGGACCUGGGUUGCUCUGAUAGGCAGUGCAUAAGCCAUGUUUCCCUGGAGACACAGACCCCGUGAGGGGCUUUUACCCAGCUGAGACGAGAACAUCUUCACUGAUCAGAAAUGUUGCGUUUGUGUUUAGCAUGGUGAUCUACGGUGCCAGUUACCGCUCCAUGAGCUCCAUGGCAAAGGCGUCUUUCACGGACGAUGGCAACCUUGCUGACGGGGGAAUUGACCUGAAUAUGGAGCAGGGGAUGGCAGAGCAUCUCAAGGAUGUGAUCCUACUGACAGCCAUUGUCCAAGUGCUCAGCUGCGUCUCUCUCUAUGUCUGGUACUUCUGGCUCUUGGCGCCAGGACGGGCUCUCUAUCUCCUGUGGGUGAACAUCCUGGGGCCCUGGCUCACGGCCGACUCUUCAGCUGCCACCCAGGAGCCAAAUGAGAAGAAGCAACGCCGUCAGGAGCGCCGCCAGAUGAAGCGUUUCUAGCUACGCACGUGGGGGUGGAUUCGAUCUAAUUCACCAUCUCCACCUGGUUACUUCAUCAGGGAUGCGAUUUAAACCAAUCAGAAACCAUCACAGUGUCUGUCACCCUCUCAUCAAUCCAUUCCACUCUAAAGGCUGCCAGAGACUUCCCUUGACUGCUUCUGAUGGUCACGUCAGGGGCUGCUCCACCACUUGGGGCCUUACUUGACAAGGGGGAGGGAGGUUACGAUGGGAUAUGUGUAAAUAGCUUUUUCAAGCAAUGGUGUAAUGAGUUUGGGGAUUGGGAAUUGCCUUGUUGGAGGAAAUAUAUUAAAGAGGAGAAUCUAAGCGA